GGAGUAAGAGAACAAAGAAGAAGGAGACGAGGAAGAAGAAGAAGAAGAAGAAGAAGAUCUAUUUUCUGUUACAAAAGUCUAUAUCUUAUUACCAGAAAUUGUGGUCGAGUGAGCACAAGAAUUUUAUCUCUCCUGUGCUAAACACAAUAUAUCUCAUAAAC